AUACAAACAAAACAAAGGCUGCCUACAACAAAAGAAAGCAAAGAAAAGUGUUGGGUUGAGUUGUGUUUAUUUUCUUCAACCAUUUGAUCCAUUCCUAUUCCUACUAAUCCUAUUAAUAAUCAUUUUUUUUUUCUUUCUCAAUUUAAUAUUUUCACAUGUUAUUUUUAUCCUUAUUUAUAGCCGAUUCGUUUUCCAAUACCAUUUCCACCUGUUUCUUUGUUUCCCCGUUGUUACUUAACUCACAAUUACUACACAGUUAAUGCAAAUAAAUUACCAUAAAUCAAGCAUUGCAUAGAACAAAAAACCAAGAUGCCAGAAGAAAUAAAAUCACAAAAAGAAUAGAAUUUUGUGAUUAUUUUCAUUGGUUUUGUGUUAUAGAGAAAGAGGGUCAAAGAGAGAGAAUUUUUGUUGGGAAUGGUGAUCAUAAAUCAAGCAAGGAGGAUUGAAGGAAAAAUAGUGCGAUUAGGGAAAUACGAAUUGGGAAAAACACUUGGUGAAGGAAAUUUUGGAAAAGUGAAAUUGGCUAGGGAUACUGAUUGUGGACAAUUUUUUGCUGUUAAGAUUCUUGAAAAGAAUAAGAUUGUUGAUCUUAAUAACACUGAUCAGAUAAAGAGGGAGAUAUCAACCUUGAAGCUUCUGAAACAUCCUAAUGUUGUUAGAUUAUACGAGGUCUUGGCUAGCAAAACCAAAAUUUAUAUGGUACUUGAGUAUGUGAAUGGAGGAGAGUUAUUUGACAAAAUUUCAUCCAAAGGUAAACUUACUGAAGCUCAUGGUAGGAAGAUGUUCCAACAAUUGAUUGAUGGUGUGAGUUACUGCCACAAUAAAGGUGUCUUUCACAGGGAUCUUAAGCUAGAGAAUGUUCUUGUGGAUGCCAAAGGGAACAUAAAGAUAACUGAUUUUAACCUCAGUGCUUUGCCUCAACAUUGUAGGGCUGAUGGGUUGCUACAUACAACCUGUGGAAGUCCAAACUAUGUUGCUCCCGAGAUUCUUGCCAACAGAGGCUAUGAUGGCGCGAAAUCGGAUAUUUGGUCAUGCGGUGUUAUCUUAUAUGUAAUUCUAACAGGAUACCUUCCUUUUGAUGACAGAAAUCUUGCAGUUCUCUAUCAAAAGAUUUUUAAAGCAGAUGUUCAAAUACCAAGAUGGCUGUCACCUGGUGCUCAAAACAUUAUAAAGAAAAUUCUUGAUCCCAAUCCGAAAACCCGAGUAACGAUGGAUAUGAUCAAAGAAGAUGAAUGGUUUAAAGAGGGUUAUAAUCCUGCAAAUCUAGAGGAUGAGGAAGAGGAAGAGGAUGUAUUCAUUGACGAUGAAGCUUUUUCCAUCCAUGAAGUGUCCCUUGACGGAGACCAGAGUCCAAAAUCACCAGCACUUAUCAACGCAUUUCAGUUGAUAGGGAUGUCUUCAUGCUUAGACCUCUCUGGAUUUUUUGAGCAAGAGGAUGUCUCGGAGAGGAAGAUAAGAUUUACGUCAAACCAUUCACCGAAAGAUUUGACUGAGAAGAUUGAGGACAUUGUAAUAGAAAUGGGAUUUAAAGUUCAUAAGAAAAAUGGAAAAUUGAAAGUGAUACAAGAGGAUAAAGCUCAUAAAAGUCUAGAUAGCCUCUCAGUCGCAGCAGAGGUUUUUGAAGUUGGUCCAUCUUUGUAUGUAGUAGAACUAAGGAAGUCUUAUGGAGAUGCUUCUGUAUAUAGACAAUUAUGCAAAAGGUUAUCAAACGACUUGGGUAUAGCCGAGGUGGCAGAGGUAAGCUCAGAAAGGCACGGCUUGGGUAUAGCCGAGGCGGCAGAGCUAGUAAGCUCAGAAAGCCUAGACAUAUGAAGAAAAUACAUUAGAAGCCAGAUAAUGUAAAUUUCCCCUUUUUGUUUUCUGGAUAGGUUAGCUAUAUUAGAUGUCCUAGUUUUGAAUCAAGCCAUUGAAACUCUUUAGGGAGUGAUUUGCUUCCUACUAUGGUCCUAUGGCUCUAGGAAUUAGUCUUAGUCUUUGCAGUUACGUGCAGAGGAUAUCUGAUUUACAGCAAAAAGAUGUGUCCGAUAUCAAUUGUAUACAUACCAUUUGAAAUUGAAUUGGUGAAACAUGAUAUAUGCAUAUAUGAUGAAUUUCAUAAUUAUAAAUA